CCCAAAAUACUACCGAAAUAGAUACUCCCCCAACUGCGUCCCCCAAACACAUAAAGAGUCCCGUUCCGCGAACCAUGACAUAAACCUCGCCCCGCUACUCAAACCUCUAACAGUAAUAAUUCAUUCAUCUGAUGUUUAGCUACGAAUUCAAGAUCUCUUACCUGCUUGCCUCUAGGAAAGCUGACCUUUUCGUCAGUUCUCCGGGCUGAUAUUAUACAAUCCGUGCUCGAGCGAUGUGAAUAUUUGCUUCCUUCCGACUGCAUUCGCUAGCUUUGAAGCCUUGUUAGAGUAAUAUACGUUAGAUCUACGUCUCAAUCUGCCAUAGUCGCAGCCAUGGGCGUUCGACGAGUCCGAAUACUUCUCGCUGCGAUUGCCAUUUGGGUACUUGCAUCUUGGUACUAUAGCUGGCACCCACCCGCCGAUACGGGUAUUUUUAGUCAUACUCGUGGUCCGGGAAAUCGUCCUACGUCGGCUUCGGCUGGCUCUAAAGGCCCGAAGUGGGAAAAGCGUCCGCCUCAGCACCCCGUGAAAAAACUCGCUACGCUCCCGACCAAUAAGCCUUCCAGACGAAUACCGCGUGUACAAGUCGCGAGACCGAAAGAGAGUGCUUCUGAUAAGGAGUUGCGACUACGAAGACUUGCUGCUAUCAAGGAUAGCUUCAAACAUAGUUGGAAUGGGUAUAAGAAAUAUGCAUGGGGUCAUGAUGAGAUCAAACCCCUCUCGGGGUUGCAUAAGGAUCCUUUUGCCGGGUGGGCAGCAACCCUCGUUGAUUCCUUAGACAGCCUAUGGCUCCUUGAUAUGAAAGAGGAUUUUGACUUUGCAGUGAAGGCUUGCGAGACAAUCGAUUUCACAACUACGGAGACUCGUGAUAUCAACAUUUUCGAGACGACAAUUCGAUAUCUUGGAGGUUUCUUAGCGGCAUACGAGCUAAGUGAAAAACAAUAUCCAAGCCUUCUUAAAAAGGCGACUGAGGUUGCCGAUCUGGUGAUGUCGUGUUUCGAUACACCGAACCACAUGCCCAUAACGCGGUUCCCCUGGAAGGAAUAUGCUAGGGGUAAGCCACAGGUAGCUCCGGGACAUGCUCUGCUAGCCGAAGUAGGGUCACUAAGUCUUGAGCUUACGAAGCUAUCUCAAUUGACCGGUGAUAUGCAAUACUACGAUGUCGUACAAAGAAUAGCCGACGGCCUAGAAAAGGACCAAAAGACAACUGCACUACCAGGGAUAUGGCCGAUCAUAGUGGACCCCUCGAAGACGCCUCUCAAGUCUACUGGAGAUUCCUUCACUCUCGGUGGAAUGGCCGAUAGUACAUUUGAGUAUCUUGGAAAGCAGUACUUAUUGCUCGGAGGCGCCCUUGAUCAGCCCCGCAGGAUGUACGAAGGUUUCAUAGACGUUGCGAAGAAGCAUCUUCUCCGUCGUGCUUUAAACCCGGACAAUCUCAAGCUGCUCUUCUUCGGCGACACUAGGGUUGUCUCGAUGCCCGAGGGCAGCGAGCAGAUUGUGAAUACUCCGAUAGCGCAACAUUUGACAUGCUUUGCAGGAGGUAUGGUGGGUAUGGCAGCUAAGAUCUUCGACCGCCCAUCGGACCUAGCUAUAGCAGAGCAGUUGACGGAGGGGUGUGUGUGGUCGUACAACCAAACUGACUCGGGUAUUGGACCCGAGCUGUUCCGCUUCAUACCUUGUGACCCGGAUGUUACUAAGGACGACUGCCAGUGGAGCGAGGCGCGAUGGACGGAGGCGAUUAGGAAAUUUUGGGGUCGCAAUAUGAAGGGUGAUACGCUUUCCGACAAGCAAGUCAAGGAUAACAUCAUAGAGGCGCGGCAUCUGCCCCUCGGUAUGGUUAAUGUUGACGACCGUCGGUACUUACUGCGCCCCGAGGCCAUCGAGUCCGUGUUUAUGAUGUGGCGCAUGACAGGAGAUCACAAAUACAUGGAGCAGGCGUGGGCCAUGUUCGAAGCCGUCGAUAAGUGGACACGAUCGAAGUACGCGGCGGCGGCACUAGACGACAUAACGGUGAAGAAGCCGGAGCAGGUUGACAGCAUGGAGAGCUUCUGGCUGGCUGAGACGCUCAAAUAUUUCUACUUGAUCUUUGGUGACUGGGAUUUGGCUAACUUGGACGAAUGGGUAUUGAAUACCGAGGCGCAUCCUUUAAGGCGGGCGGAUGCAUGAGGGUAUAUGGUUAGGGUGCUCAGUAUACGAAGGAUAGAGGACCGGACUUGAUACCCCUAGAGGAGAUUAUAUAUGUGUGGUAUAUAUGUUGAAUGUAAAUGAUUUGGAUUCGACCGGACCGGACUGGACCAGACUAACCUAGGAGACUAUCAUAGAACUACAAUAUUACGAUGACUCAUCUAGA